AUGGACGGAUGGGCGCCAGGCGCGGUUUGGAACCACGGAACCGAUGUGGUAAGGCCAUCGCCCCCGAGGCCCUCGGCCUUCCCGAGUGGUGACACUGGAGCAGUGGAGGUUCGAUGGGUUUCGGGGCCGUCUAAGACUCGGCACCCUGAAAUAUCUGAAAGCGGCAUCGCUACGAACGAGCACAAAGCUACGAACGUAACAAGGACCAUCUACCAGAGCAGACCAGAGCAGACCACCAGGCCCACCUUGCCGGAUCCGCGCAAGAACUUCGAUCUUCAGAGGCUGAACGUGAAUGAAGGACCUGCAGAUGUUGAAGAACUACUUCACCCAGACCUGGCUUGCCCACUGCACUUGGAAGCUUCUGGAAGCUGUCUCCAGCCGCAGAUCUGGAAUCAGGUUAAGGCCCAAAGCACCCCCCCAGGCUCAGCGCAGACCCACCCCAUUCUUUUAGAACGUGCAUGCGCCUUUUGCGCGCUGAGCCUGGGCUAUAUCUGUGGAGGGGUUUGGACAUCCAGCGUGGCCUUUCACCAGUGUUCGACCCUCUGGCACACUGCAUGCUUUCAUCCUAAAAAAGGGGCUGGACAUCGGCUGGAAGCACCAAAAGGCUUGUGGAAGGGUGUGUCAACAACUCCAGCUUUCUGGGCUUGUGGAACUUGUGGAAGGGUGCGCACAUAG